ACGCCAUUUCCGCUUCCGGCCGGGUUGUUGUGAGGCGCGGGGCCUAGAGUCUGAGGGAGGCCCGGACCCGGGGAGAGGGCAGGAGAGAGAGAGAGAGAGAGGGGGAGGGACAGGCCGAGGCCGCGGGCUCCAGCGGCUGACGGAGCUUCAGGAUCCCGGAGGGAGAUCGCCGAGUCAGGCCGGGGCCUGCGGGCCCCGCACCACCACCACCACCACCAGCAGCUUCAGGAGCCCCGGCCUCUCCUCCCCACGGAGCGGCCGACAUGAGCGGCAGAGGCCGCGACCAAACCGACCCGAUCUGGUGGCUGGAGAAUGAAGACCAUUACCUGUCAACAUUGAAGCAUAAAGUCAACGUUUACCAACAUAACCUGCAGGACAAUCCAGCGGUGACCACUCAGAGGGUGGAACGCCUGUUUAAAAAUCUGGUAGAGAAUAAUCCAAUGGAGGUUCAUCCGUGCGUCUUUAAUGAGGACACUGUCGGGAUGGAGCAUCAUGGCUUUGGAGUAGAAUCGAGCGAGGAGGAGGAUGAUGAUUACACCUAUGAAGAUGAAGACUAUUCCAAUGACGAUGAUGACCACAAUGUGAACACGUUUUGUGGACUGCGGCGAAAUUUCCUCUCUGAUAUUCCAGAGUUGUCAUCCAAGCGUAAAGAUAUUACAGAUCCAUACAGUAUACAAGACACCAAUUCAUAUCGAGGGUCUGCCGAGGAGGCAGAGAGAAUUGGUCAAGAAUUGGUUAAUGAAGAAGAACAGGCUAAAAGGAAGGCUGAGAAACGAAGACUUAAGAAAAAAGUGAGUGUCUGAGUGGAUUGUGUUAUG